AGGCUUCUGGUUUUUGUUAUGUUAAUGACAUCGUUAUCGGCAUCCUGGAGCUGCUCAAGUAUCACCCACGUGUGCUGUACAUCGACAUCGAUAUCCAUCACGGGGACGGGGUGCAGGAGGCUUUUUACUUGACAGACCGUGUCAUGACAGUGUCAUUUCACAAAUAUGGCAACUAUUUCUUUCCUGGGACAGGUGACAUGUAUGAGGUGGGUGCAGAGAGUGGCCGUUACUACUGUCUGAACGUGCCCCUGCGGGACGGCAUCGAUGACCAGAGUUACAAACACCUCUUCCAGCCAGUCAUUAACCAGGUGGUAGAUUACUACCAGCCCACCUGCAUAGUACUGCAGUGUGGUGCUGAUUCUCUGGGUUGUGACCGUUUGGGCUGUUUUAACCUCAGUAUCAGAGGCCAUGGGGAGUGUGUGGAGUACGUGAAGAGCUUCAACAUCCCCCUGCUGGUCCUGGGAGGAGGUGGUUACACAGUCCGGAACGUGGCACGGUGCUGGACUUAUGAAACGUCACUGCUCGUAGAUGAAGCGAUUAGUGAAGAGCUACCAUACAGUGAGUACUUCGAAUACUUCGCUCCAGACUUCACCCUCCACCCUGAUGUCAGCACAAGGAUUGAAAACCAGAACUCCAGGCAGUACUUGGAUCAGAUCAGGCAGACCAUAUUUGAGAACCUGAAGAUGCUGAACCACGCUCCCAGUGUGCAGAUCCACGACGUGCCCUCGGACCUGCUCAGCUACGAUCGCACGGAUGAGCCCGAUCCUGAGGAGAGAGGCUCUGAGGAGAACUACAGCAGGCCCGAGGCUGCCAACGAGUUUUACGACGGUGACCACGACAACGACAAAGAGAGCGACGUGGAGAUCUGAGGGCUCUGGACUGCUGGGCAUCCCACGUUGGACAGGGAUGCUUGGAGCACUUAACUGGGCUGUGUAGGAGCCCUCCCUUCAUCUUAGACUGCACAUGGUGGCAGCAGGAACAGCACCACUGCAGGAUUCUGCCACCCGGAGAGGCAGAGAACAGUGAAACGUGUUCCUGAGUUUCCACCACGUGUCACGGUUCCAGCUGUCACUGCUCUGGGAAAAGGGAUCUGUGCUGUGUGCUGGCUGGCAGCCUUGGCACUGCCUUCAGAGACUUACCUGUGCUCUGUGACUCCCCUGCAGGCUCCUGCCAGCCAGGAGCUGGAGCAGCUGUGCCUGCCAUCUCUGCCUCUGUUCCGGCACCACCGGAUCCCUCCUGCUCUCCCCAGCCCUCCACUCAGGUACCACUCGACUGUGCUCUGCAGCCUGCACUGAGUUGCUUCCUGAUGGCCCUUCCAACCCUCUGAUGCUCCACAGCUCGAGAAAAACUAUUGGAGACCAGGCCAGUUGUGGGGUCAGGGUGGGGAGUGUCCCUGGAGCAGGGAGCAAGGGAUGGAAGGAUGUUUGCAGAGCGUAGGCUUGUUCCUUCCCCCCACACCCAGAUUUGCAUUCACAAACGAGUUCUGCAACACUCUGCUGAGUUGGGAGACCCAACUUCCCUGGUGUGUUUAUUCUCCAAGAGGCUAAAAUCCCUGUGGAACAAGGUCAGUACAUGGUGUGUCUUACACCUCUAACACAGCUCCCUGCUGUCUUUUCCACGUUCACACAUGGCCCUUCUGUGUGUUAGCAAGAGAUUUGGGCUGCUUGCUCCGAGGGGAAACCAUUCCCUCUUGACUGCACCCAGCAGACAUGGGUGAGGGAAGCUGCUUCCUCCAAGUCCUGUGUCUUUUUACCCUCACACAGCAGAGAUUUGGCUCAGCCAUCCCUCAAAUCCCAGACUUUGCUGCUCCCUCUCCCGAGCUGUCACCUGGUACCUGUGGUGGUUUGGAAGUGCUGUUUGGGGAGCUGGGAGGGUUUAGCCUCUGUCUGUACGGUUCUGUUUGUUUACUGAUGUCUUUAAACAUUAAAUAAGAGGCAGUAUUUUUCUUACCUGA